UAGCGCCCUCCGCCGACAAUCCGUGGACUCGUGCUCCGAUUGGCUGAACCUGCCCCGUGCGUAAGGUGGUAAACAUCCGUCGUGCAUACGUCACGGAGGUAAUGGAGGUUUGUGCUCUUCUCGCAGCCUUCUCUGUUGCCAAACUGGCCACUUUCCUGUACGUCUGUCACCGCGUGUAAUUUGGGUUAUCGGAGUAUAAACAUCGCAGGUGACGACCAUUUCAUCCGCGGGAGAGUAAGUGAAUCAUUCAAAUUAGUACACACUAUGAACAAUUCCACCGGAGUGCCUGUGUGGGUCAAUCAUACACCAAUCCCAGAAACAAGUAACGGUGAUGACGACUCCUCAAGUAACAGAUCUAGCUCUCCGCAUGAUGUACAGAAGGACGGUAAUGACACAAAAGGGAGCUUCAUUAAGAUGAAGUCCAUCAUCCCCAAUUCACUGGGCAGCAUGAAGAAUUACUGGAAGCGGGGGAGAGAGAGUACGGAUGACUCUGAAGCCAGUAGUGGUCCGAUCAAGAUUCUACCUAACGGAACCAGAGUGAGUCCACCUGUAAGUCCGUUUGUGGAGCGCAGGAAAUGGGAUGAAAUGUCGGAAAAAACGUAUUCAAAAGAAACCUUCCCAAACCCCAAUGAGGACUCGCUACUCACAAGCAUCCAUCCUGCGGAGUACUACGCCGAGAAGUUGGAGGUGUACAACCAGAAGUACUCUUACUUGAAGUCGUGGCCAGGCCUGCUCCGACUUCUGGGCGGCAUUGAACUUCUCUUGGGGGCUAUGGCGGUUGCCUGUGUCAUCGGCUACCUUCACAAAGACAGUGAAUGGUCCAACACGUACGGGGUGAAUAGUGGGGUCUACAGCAACGGGUUUGGCCUGAUGGGAUACAGCUACGAGGGGCCUAUGACCCCCUUCGUUGUGUCUGUGGUAGGGGUGUGUUGGAUUUUGACAGUGAUCAUCCUGGUGUUGGGAAUGACAAUGUAUUACCGUACCAUCCUCCUCGAUGCACCCUGGUGGCCCCUAACAGAAGCCGUGAUUAAUGUCACGAUGUUUUUACUCUACAUGGCAGCAGCCAUCGUAUACCUUAACGACUUGAACCGCGGGGGCCUGUGCUACAUGACCAUGGGCAUCAACCCCAUCUUGGCCGGCAUGUGCCGAGUCGAGGGGGGCCAGAUGGCGGGAACUGCUUUUCUCUUCAUCAACAUGAUUAUGUAUCUGGGGAGUUUCCUGGUCAGUCUGAAGAUGUGGCGACACGAAGCCAGACGAAGAGACAGAGUGGACUUUGAGGACAAGACAACGUAUCCUGGGGAGAACCCUCGCUCCAACCUCCUGGCCCCACCAAAAGCAAAGCACAUCGCAUUCAUGACAGAAGUAGAUGGCAGAGAGAACUUGGAUCCAAACAACAUGCAUGGGCUCACCUCCACCAUCCAGAUGAGUCAGAAAAACUACGAGGCUCCGGCGCCCAUCCCGAAAGUGCAGAUCAUUGCAGACUAUAUCCUGAAAUACCCUGAGAUCAACAGUGUGGAAGAAAGGGAGAAAUACAAAGCUGUGUUCAAUGACCAGUAUCAGGAGUACAAAGAGCUUUACAAAGACAUCACCGCCACGCUGAAGAAGUUCAGUGAGCUGGACGCUGUCAUCGCGCAACUCAUCACAGAUGGAAAAAGCAGAGAGGACCAAAACAGGAUUCGAAACAUCUUGAAGCAGUAUGAGCAGAAAAAGAGCGAUCCUGCUUUUUUGGAGAAAAAGCAACGAUGUGACUACUUGAAAGCCAAACUGAGCCACAUAAAAGACAGAAUCCGUGUUUUUGAUCAGGACACAGCCAUGUGGUCGUAAACCAUGUUGGAACCUGGGCACUAUGACAGCCCGCCUUGCAGCACCACUUCGCACAGCUUCGAUCCCGAAAGAAGCUUGCACUCCCCAUAUAGCCACUACGUCAGCUACACCUCUAAACCCCUCGGAGACCACCAAUAUGCGGAGGGGACGCCGCAAGAGUUCUUCCGAUGGUUUUCACCGCCUGGCUUCGUCAAAAUCUUCCAAGGAGCCACAGCGCUCAUGUGCUUCCUCAUCUUUGCCUGUGUGGCGUCAACAUUGGUUUGGGACAUAAACGGAUUUGGCUCCAGUGUUGCUGGCGCAGGGAGUUUUGCGGGUACUGGGCAAGGGUACUACGGAGGCAGCUAUGGAUACAGCAGCUCCUACAUGACCCCGCAAUCCGCCAAGGCCGCCAUGAUCUCCAUGGCCGCCAUCAACUUUGUGCUUUCGCUGGGGUUCCUGGUGGGGAGUUUUUCCCGGUCACGGGCCAUAAGAGGAUGUAGCUUCUACCUCGCUGUGUUCAUCUGUGACACCAUCUUAGCUGUCCUGCAGGGCAUCAUUGACAUCAUUUUUGUGAUGGGGGUCAACCCGAUGUCUCAGAGCUCACAGAGCAUGCUGUACAAUCCGAUCCUAAUGAUGUGCCAGAACAUUCCAGACAGACCCAGCCUUAGCGGUAGCAUCGGAGCUGGCUUUCCUGGGGGGUUCCCUAUGUACAGCCAGUACCUGUACCAUUACUGCUUCAUGGACCCAGAGGAGGCGGUCGCGUUAGCUUUGGGUCUGAUGGUGGUGCUGGCCCUGUCACUGGCUGCUUACUACUCCUGGAAGACUCGGAGCAAAAUAUGGCGCCAUGGAAAAGCGAACAUCUACUGGGAUGAGCCACUGGUCAGGCACUCAGAGUCGCAGCAUGGUCAAGAUUGGGUCAACCAUGCUGGAGAGGGACGCAGCACCCAUCUGGCACCGACUGUUGUUAUAUCAGAGAAAGGAGCUCCUGACCUACGUGAGGGAAACAGUGUGGCGUUGUAUUGCAAUGAUCCAGGCCUCAGUCGCAGCCAGGGAAAUUUGAACAGCAGCAGCUUCUGUACGGAGAGUAGCAAGCGUCAAGAGGCUGAGCUUCCGGACCAGAACGGCAGGCCCGGAGUCCAUAGCAACUCGUCCGGUAACACCGACAGCAGCUGGAAACCCGGCUCAAGGGAACAGAGCAACCACAGAAAUCGAGCUACUCGAGAGACGGCGGAGCUCCGAAAUGAAAUUCCUUACACCACCGGAGGAGACACUGCUGAUGAGCUGGACCAAAACCAAGACCAAGAGCUCUUCAGACGGUACCCAGAGAUCAUUACAGACCAGCAGCGCCAGGAGUACAGGCAAGAUUUCAAUCUCGCCCUCGUUCGCUAUAAAAAGCUGUGUGAAGAAAUGGAGGACAUCAGUGAACAGAUCCACGAGCUGAGUCGAGAACUCGACUCCCUGGACAAGGAUUCUGUGAAGUACCAGGGUGUGGCUGAUGAAUAUAACAGACUGAAGGCUCUAAAAAGGGGACCAGAUUAUCAGGCCAAAAAGAGGGAGAGCAAAGAACUUCGGCAAAAACUGUUUCACAUCAAACGCCUGGUGAAAAACUUUGACCAAGGUCUUUGUUAGCAUUUCGGUCUGAAGUUGAAGAAAUAAGGAUGCACUCACACAGGACUUUAAAACGGGAUCAAACACGUUGCUUGCUGUUUACAUUAAGCAUGUAGCACUGAGGCUAUGAGCGUGGCUUGUGAAAAAAAUACCUGAAUGUGCAGAUAAAAAGUCUACACACCCCUGUUCAAAAUUCCACCUUCUUAUAAUGUAGAAAAAUUAGACCAAGGUGAAUCAUUUCAAAACUUUUUCCAGUAAAGUGACAUAAUCUGUAAAGAGGGAAUUAAGAAGCACACUGAAAUAAUGUAGUUGCACAAGUGUGCACACCCUCUUAUAGGGAA